AAUAAAAAAAUAAGAAAUAAAAACCAGGUAGAUUACGAUUUUCUUAGCAUUUUUUUACAAAACGUGUCCUUGGCCGUUGAAAAAGCGCAAGUUACUCUCUUUCUCUGUUUCUUUUAUUUUUUAUUUUUUAAUUUAUUUUUCUUUCUUCUUCUUCUUCUUCUUUCAUGUUGUUUGCUUAGAAAAUGCCUUUCCCUCCUUUGCCGUCACGGACCUUCUUUCUCCAACCCAACACGCCCAUGAAUUCCCAACAAAACCCACGUUCCUAAACCAUCAUAAGAAUCGUAAAAAAGAUAGCUUGAACAAAAAAGAUUCAGAGAAAUCCAAGGUUUGGGUUACGGUGAAUACUGGGUUUUGUUGGAUUAUAAAGUUAAAAAAAAAAAAAAAAAAGAAAAAAAAAAAGAGAAAUGAAAAUGGAUCUUGGAACGAGAUUGGCUUUGCUGGGUGGAAUUUUGGUUUUGGCAUUGUUUUCGACUGUUUCUGGAAACUUUGUGUUCCCGGUACAGCACAAAUUCAAGGGUAGAGAAAGGUCUUUGAGGACUUUGAAAGACCAUGAUAUGCGACGUCAUGGUAGAAUUCUCUCCUCUGUGGAUCUGCAAUUGGGUGGCAAUAGCAUGCCUACUGAUAUCGGGCUUUACUUUGCAAAACUUCGGAUUGGGUCUCCUUCAAAAGACUAUUAUGUGCAAGUUGAUACAGGAAGUGACAUUUUAUGGGUGAAUUGUAUCGACUGUCAGAGGUGUCCCACAAAAAGUGAUCUCGGUAUUGAUCUUACACUAUAUGAUCCAAAAAGCUCAUCCACUUCAAAGUUAAUUACUUGUGAUCAAGAAUUUUGCACAUCGACAUACGAUGGUCCACUUCCUGGUUGCAGGCCCGAAUUGCUUUGCCAAUAUAAUGUGGUUUAUGGAGAUGGUAGCACGACUACUGGUUACUUUGUGAAGGAUACUAUACACUUUGAUAGACUGAUUGGUAAUCAGCAAACACAAUCAGAAAAUGGAAGUGUAAUAUUUGGGUGCGGAUCCAAGCAAUCUGGAGACCUUGGUAAAACUUCUGAAGCACUCGAUGGUCUAAUUGGCUUUGGACAAGCAAAUUCGUCAAUGAUAUCACAGCUUGCUGUGGCUGGAAAGGUCAAAAAAACAUUUGCCCACUGCUUGGAUAAUGUAAAUGGAGGUGGAAUCUUUGCCAUUGGGGAAGUGGUGCAACCACAAGUGAAUACUACUCCGAUGGUACCAAAUCAGGCACAUUACAAUGUUUAUAUGAAGGCAAUUGAGGUGGGUGGUGAUGUUCUAGAACUUCCCACAGAUAUAUUUGAUACUGGAGAUCGGUCAGGAACGAUAAUUGACAGUGGGACAACCUUGGCUUAUCUUCCAGAUACUGUUUAUGACCCACUGGUGACUAAGGUUUUGGCACAGCAGCCCGGAUUGAAAUUACAUACAGUUGAUGAUGAAUUUACUUGUUUCGAGUAUAAUGAUAAGGUUGAUGAUGGGUUUCCAGUUAUCACAUUACAUUUUGAUAAAUCACUUAUUCUGACAGUUUAUCCUCAUGAUUACCUGUUCCAGAUUCGUGACCGUGUGUGGUGUAUUGGUUGGCAAAACAGUGGAGUGAAAUCCAAGGAUGGAAAAGAAGUGACUCUUUUGGGAGAUAUGGUGCUUGCAAAUAAGCUAGUGGUAUAUGAUGCUGAAAAUCAGGUCAUUGGAUGGAGAGAGUACAACUGUUCCUCAACCAUUAAACUGAAGGAUGAAUCGGGAUCAGUGUACACUGUUGGUCACCACAAUCUUUCUUCAGGUGAUAGUCUGGGAACAGCAAGAGUAUUAACAAUUUUGUUAUUACUGGGUGCUGUUCUGCACAACUUUGUACAAAACCCAUUAAUUUUGUUGUAACAUUAAUUGAUUCAACUCGGUUAUGUGCUUGAUUUGAUUUAGGAACUUAUACAUAUACCGUUCAGGAGCUUUUUUCUUUCUUUUUAAUUUAAUCUCUUCAUCCCACGGAACAAAAUUAUUCCACUGGGAUAAUACUUGGUUGUUGUUGUUGUUAAGCAUGCCAAACAUGUAUGACAUUACAGGAAAUUGAAUUUACAGAGGCUAACUUCUUCUGUAUUGGCUU